GUUAUAUAAAUUGAGUGUUCAAAUUUUCUCCAUUGAUUGAUUCCUCUUCGUCAUCUUGCUAUCUGCGCGCAAUGUCGAUCGGCAAUCUCAGGUGCGUCGUUAUCGCCGUCGAUCAGAGUGAGGAGAGCAUGAACGCUCUCCGAUGGGCCCUGCAAAAUGUUCACCUCCGAUCACCGGCGGACGGCGAUUCCUCGGAUAAGCCCGGUGGCUUCGUCCUCCUCCACGUCCAAUCUCCGCCCUCUAUCGCCGUCGGUCUAAACCCCGGCGCUAUUCCCUUCGGCGGACCAACGCACGUCGAGGUUCCGGCUAUCACCACUGCUAUUGAAGCCCACCAACGGCGGAUCACUGAAGCGGUGUUGGGCCACGCAGUGCAGAUCUGCGAGGAGAAAAAUGUGGCUGUGAAUACUAAAGUGGUGGUAGGUGAGCCAAAGGAGAAGAUAUGCGAGGCUGUUGCUAACUUGAGUGCCGAUUUGCUGGUGAUGGGAUGCCGCGCUUUUGGCCCAAUUAAAAGGUUCUUCCUAGGAAGUGUUAGCAACUACUGCAUCAAUAAUGCAAGCUGCCCAAUUGUUGUGAUAAAGGACACCUCUUAACAACUUCUUCAUGGCACCAAUCUCUUACCUUAGUUGUUUUUCAACCCCCCGCACUCGUAAAAAAAAAAAAAAAAAAAAAAAAAAAAAAAAAAAAAAAAAAAAAAAA